UCCGCUCCGCCGUGACCUUGCGCCUGCACAUUUUGGACCUCCGACUCGCCGUAGUCGGCGUUGCCGUGUUGACACCGGGGAGAUGUUUGUGUAGUUCGUGUGUUCGGACGCCAACAUCUCACCAUGUCUCUGACUCGAGAAGCGGGUCGGGGGUUCUACUUCGGCACCGUCCUGUCGCUGGCCCGGUCUCUGGCGGCCCACGAGCAGGUUCCAACGGAGAAGGUGCAGAAGCUGCAGUGCAUGUGUCCAACAGACUUCAGAGGAGUCUUCCAGCUGGACGAGCGCAGGAGAGAUGCUGUCAUUGCUCUGGGGAUCUUCUUUGUGGAGUCCAACCUGCAGCAUAAGGAGUCCAUCGUCCCAUACCUGCUCGGGCUGCUGAAGGGGCUGCCCAGGGUCCAGUGGAUCGAAGAGAGCUCAGAGAAGAAAGGACGAGAGUCACUUCCUGUGGCAGAGAACUUCAGCUUCUGCCUGGUGACGCUUUUGUCUGACGUAGCCCAGAGAGAUGAGGCACUACAGUCCCAGAUCCUGGAAGCUGUCAUGAACGUCAUGCAAGUUCUGCUGGACAUUUGCAAGAGUCCAGAGGAUCAUGACAAAGAGUACUUAUGCAGGUACAUGGUGCCCACCCUACUGGGUGUGGCCAGAGCCUUUGGGAGGUACAGCAACACAGAAGAACCGCUGCUGACUAAGCUGUUCCCGCGGCCCGUUGCCCCUCUGCUGCCCUCUGCUGAUGAUGUGGACGCGACACGCCGGCGCUCCUUCACUGAGUUCCGUUCCAUCCUGCCGAGCUCACUGCUGACGGUGUGCCAGGGUGACACACUGAGACGCAAGGGCUCAUCUAAUGUGUCGCAACAGGCAAGUCCAGAGAGAGUUCUGACCCCCAUCUCCCCCGCUGACCACUCGCCCCACUACUUUGAGGGCUCGUAUCUCCCAGACGGCAGCUCUGUGGACCCCGACUACUACUUCUCCACCAUCAGCUCCAGCUUCUCCAUCUCUCCACUCUUCACUGGCUGCAGCUCUGGAGACUGUCGCCUCCCUCUAGAUACUCUGAGACAGCUGCUGCACAUGGUAGAGCAGAUGGUGGACGAGUCUUUCCUGAAGUCUCUGGACGACUGUCUGGCUGAGCAGGUCGAGGCCGACCCGGCGCUUCUCCUGCACUACAAGACCUUCAGCGACCCGCUCUACGUGGCCACUUUCAAGAUGCUGAGAGACACUCUCUACAACCUGAAGGCGCUCCAGACAGACUUCGUGAGGGAGGUGCAUGACUUUGUCCUGGAGCAGUUCAGCAGCAGCCAGUCUGAGUUGCAGCGGAUCCUGCAUGAUGUGGAGUACCUGCAGAGCGAGCUGAGCCCGCUUAAGCUGCGCUGCCAGGCCAACGCUGCCUGUGUGGACCUGAUGGUGUGGGCCGUGACAGAGGAGCAGGGAGCGGAGAAUCUCUGCACCAAACUGUCUGAGAAGCUUCAGUCCAAGACGUCCAGCAAAGUGAUCAUCGCUCACAUGCCGCUGCUCAUCUGCUGCCUGCAGGGUCUGGGCCGUCUGUGCGAGCGCUUCCCGGUGGUUGCUCACUCCGUCACCAUGUCGUUGCGGGACUUCCUGGUGGUUCCAUCUCCUGUCCUGGUGAAGUUGUACAAGUACCAUAGCCAGUACACGGCAGGUGGCAGCGACAUCAAGAUCCACGUCACCAAUGAGCACUCGCAGUCCACACUCAGCACGCACGCCAGCAAGAAGAGCCAGCCGUCCAUGUACGAGCAGCUGCGGGACAUCUCCAUCGACAACAUCUGCAGAUGUCUGAAAGCAGGACUCACCAUGGACAAUGUCAUUGUGGAAGCAUUCCUCGCCAGCCUGUCCAACCGUCUCUACAUCUAUCAGGAGAAUGACAAGGAUGCUCACCUGAUCCCGGACCAUACCAUCCGGGCUCUGGGUCACAUCGCGGUGGCUCUGCGCGACACCCCCAGAGUGAUGGAGCCCAUCCUGCAGAUCUUGCAGCAGAAGUUCUGCCAGCCGCCGUCACAGCUCGACGUCCUCAUCAUCGACCAGCUGGGCUGCAUGGUCAUCACGGGCAACCAAUACAUAUACCAGGAGGUGUGGAACCUGUUCCAGCAGAUCAGUGUGAAGGCCAGCUCCAUGGUCUACUCCACCAAGGACUACAAGGACCACGGUUACAGGCACUGCUCCCUCGCCGUCAUCAACGCUCUGGGGAACAUCGCCGCCAACCUGCAGGCCGAACACAUGGUGGACGAGCUGCUGGUCAAUCUGCUGGAGCUCUUUGUACAGCUGGGCCUGGAAGGCAAACGGGCCAGUGAGAGGGCCUCGGACAAGGGCCCAGCUCUGAAGGCAUCGAGCAGCGCUGGAAACCUGGGAGUCCUGAUCCCUGUCAUAGCAGUGCUAACCAAGAGGCUGCCGCCCAUCAAAGAAGCCAAGCCACGUCUGCAGAAGCUCUUCCGGGACUUCUGGCUCUACUCGGUGGUCAUGGGGUUCGCUGUGGAGGGAUCAGGACUGUGGCCCGAAGAGUGGUACGAGGGGGUCUGUGAAAUCGCCACCAAGUCUCCACUGCUGACAUUCCCCAGUGGAGAACCUCUGCGCUCCGAGCUGCAGUACAACUCUGCCCUGAAGAACGACACCGUCACUGCGGCGGAGCUGAACGACCUCCGCAGCACCAUCAUCAAUCUCCUGGACCCACCUCCUGAGGUGGCCGCUCUGAUCAACAAGCUGGACUUUGCCAUGUCCACAUACCUGCUGUCAGUCUACAGGCUCGAGUACAUGAGAAUGCUGAGUUCUCUGGACUCUGACCGGUUUCAGGUGAUGUUCCGUUACUUUGAGGAUCGGGCGAUCCAGAAGGAUAAGUCCGGAAUGAUGCAGUGCGUGAUCGCUGUCAGCGACAAAGUCUUUGAGAUCUUCCUGCAGAUGAUGGCGGAGAAGGCCAAGACCAAAUCCCACGAGGAGGAGCUGGAGCGCCACGCCCAGUUCCUGCUGGUCAACUUCAACCACAUCCACAAGAGGAUCCGUAGAGUGGCUGACAAGUACCUCUCGGGCCUCGCUGAGACGUUUCCUCAUCUGCUGUGGAGCGGGCGAGUGCUGAAGACGAUGCUGGACAUCCUGCAGACUCUGUCUCUGUCCCUCAGUGCGGACAUCCACAAGGACCAGCCAUACUACGACAUCCCGGACACGCCGUACAGGAUUACCGUCCCCGACACGUAUGAAGCCCGUGAGAGCAUUGUCAAGGACUUUGCUGCCCGCUGCGGGGAGAUCCUGAAGGAGGCCAUGAAGUGGGCACCGUCAGUGACCAAGUCCCAUCUACAGGAGUACCUGAACAAGCACCAGAACUGGGUGUCGGGCCUGACGCAGCACACUGGACUGGCCAUGGCCACCGAGAGCAUCCUGCACUUUGCUGGCUACAACAGACAGAGCACCACCCUGGGGUCCACACAGCUGACAGAGAGGCCGGCAUGCGUAAAGAAGGACUACUCCAACUUCAUGGCCUCGCUGAAUCUGCGAAACCGCUACGCCGGAGAGGUGUCCGGCAUGAUCCACUUUGCCCAGGCGGUCCGAGGUCAGUCAGAUUUGGGUCGGCUCAUGGUCAGGCAGAUGGGUGAAGCUCUGGACUCGGCCCUGCCGGAGGCCUUCACGGAGGCCAUGUUCAAGCUGGCCGCCCUGCUCAUCAGCACCAAAGACUGCGACCCUCAGCUGCUGCACCACCUCUGCUGGUCUCCUCUGAAGAUGUUCACGGAGCACGGAAUGGAGACGGCAAUCGCCUGCUGGGAGUGGCUGCUGGCUGCUCGGACAGGCAUCGAGGUUCCGUUCAUGAGGGAGAUGGCCGGCGCCUGGCAGAUGACUGUGGAGCUGAAGAUGGGCUUGUUCUCCGAUGCCCAGGUGGAAGCCGAUCCUCUGGCAGCGUCCGAGGAGAGUCAGCCGGUCCCCUGUCCCCCUAACGUGACCCCACACCACAUCUGGAUUGAGUUCCUGGUCCAAAGGUUUGAGAUUGCCAAGUACUCCAGCGCAGACCAAGUGGAGAUCUUCCUGAGCCUGCUUCAGCGCUCGCUGGCGCUGACAGUGGGCGGAGCUAAGAGCAGCCUGAACCGUCAUGUUGCUGCUAUCGGACCUCGCUUCAGGCUGCUGACUCUGGGUCUGGCUCUGCUGCACUCCGACGUCGUCACCAAUGCGACAGUGAGGAAUGUGCUGAGAGAGAAGAUCUACUCGACAGCCUUUGAUUACUUCAGCUCACCCCCAAAGUUCCCCACACAGACAGACAAGCAUCUGCGUGAAGACAUCAGCAUCAUGAUCCGCUUCUACGCCAGCAUCCUGUCUGAUAAGAAGUACCUGGCGGCGAGUCAGCUGGUCCCCCCGGGUGAGCUUGGUUCCACCCCGGCCCCGAGCUCGCUCUCUGCCGGGAUUUUCGGAUCGCUAAUCGUGUCCAGCACCUCUCCGAUAUCCAUCUUGAACAACCAAGACCCGUCCCUCAACAGCCUGUCGGUGAUGAACGCCGCCGACCUGCGCAGCAACGAUUCCAGCCUGCGCUCACAGCAGAGCGGUCAGGGCUGGAUCAACACCUACCCUCUCUCCAGCGGCAUGUCCACCACCUCCAAGAAGUCAGGUGCAUCCAAGAAGAGCAACCGAGGGACUCAGCUGCACAAAUACUACAUGAAGCGCCGGACGCUGCUGCUCGCUCUGCUGGCCAGCGAGAUAGAGCGGCUGACCACCUGGUACAACCCACUGAGCACGCAAGAGCUGAGCAUCGCCACCGAUCAGUCUGUGGAGACCAGCAUCACCAACUGGAGGUCCAAGUACAUCAGCCUGAACGAGAAGCAGUGGAAGGACAACGUCAACCUGGCCUGGAGCAUCGCACCCUACCUGGCCAUGCAGCUGCCAUCCAGGUUCAAGAAUGACGCCAUUGUUGCAGAGGUGACCCGGCUGGUCCGCCUGGACCCUGGAGCAGUCAGCGAUGUGCCCGAGGCUGUGAAGUUCCUGGUCACCUGGCACACCAUUGACGCCGACUCGCCCGAGCUCAGUCACAUACUGUGCUGGGCUCCGGCAGACCCGCCUACCGGCCUGUCCUACUUCAGCAGCAUGUACCCCCCUCAUCCGCUCACCGCCCAGUACGGGGUCAAAGUGCUGCGCUCCUUCCCUCCAGACGCCAUCUUGUUCUACAUCCCGCAAAUCGUGCAGGCACUGCGCUUUGACAAGAUGGGCUACGUCAGAGAGUACAUCCUGUGGGCGGCGCAGAAGUCUCAGCUGCUGGCUCAUCAGUUCAUCUGGAACAUGAAGACCAACAUCUUUGUGGACGAAGAAGGUCACCAGAAAGACCCGGACAUCGGCGAGCUGUUGGAGCAGAUGGUGGAGGAGAUCACCUGCUCCCUAUCGGGCCCAGCCAAAGACUUCUACCAACGGGAAUUUGAUUUCUUCAACAAGAUCACCAAUGUCUCCGCCAUUAUCAAGCCCGUCCCAAAAGGAGAGGAGAGGAAGCGGGCCUGUCUGAAGGCUCUGUCUGAUAUCAAAGUGCAGCCAGGCUGCUACCUGCCCAGCAACCCGGAGGCCAUCGUGCUGGACAUCGAUUACAAGUCUGGGACCCCCAUGCAGAGUGCGGCCAAAGCUCCGUAUCUGGCCAAGUUCAAGGUGAAGCGCUGUGGUGUGAGCGAGCUGGAGAGGGAGGGGCUCCGCUCUGACUCGGACUCUCUGGAGGACAGCGAGGAAAACCCGGAUGGGUCUCGGAGGGUCUGCUGGCAGGCGGCCAUCUUUAAAGUGGGCGAUGACUGUCGACAGGACAUGCUGGCUCUGCAGAUCAUCGGCCUCUUCAAGAACAUCUUCCAGCUGGUGGGUCUGGACCUCUUCGUGUUUCCAUACAGGGUUGUGGCCACAGCGCCGGGGUGCGGGGUCAUUGAGUGCAUCCCGGACUGCAAGUCCCGGGACCAGCUGGGGCGCCAGACGGACUUCGGCAUGUACGACUACUUUAGGAACCAGUACGGAGACGAGUCCACGCUGGAUUUCCAGAAGGCCCGCUACAACUUCAUCCGCAGCAUGGCGGCCUACAGCCUGCUGCUCUUCCUGCUGCAGAUCAAGGACCGCCACAACGGCAACAUCAUGCUGGACAGCAAAGGUCACCUGAUCCACAUCGACUUUGGUUUCAUGUUCGACAGCUCUCCGGGGGGGAACCUGGGCUGGGAGCCCGACAUCAAGCUGACGGACGAGAUGGUGAUGAUCAUGGGUGGCAAAAUGGAGGCCACGCCCUUCAAGUGGUUCAUGGAGAUGUGUGUGCGCGGCUACUUGGCCGUCAGGCCCUACAUGGACGCGGUGGUGUCACUGGUCACGCUCAUGCUGGACACCGGACUGCCCUGCUUCAGAGGCCAAACCAUCAAGCUGCUCAAGGGGCGCUUCAAUCCGCAGAUGAGUGAGAAGGAGGCUGCGGCCUUCAUGAUCAAGGUCAUCCAGAGCUGCUUCCUCAGCAGCAGGAGUAAGACCUACGAUAUGCUGCAGUACUACCAGAACCAGAUCCCCUACUGAGGUCCCACCCAGAGGAGUCAGAAGAACCUCCUGAUCAUGGUCUCAGGAGGUUCAUUACUCUUGCGGGCUGUUCAGUAGAGACUGCCGGGGACCUGGACAGAACCUCAGUGUGUCCGGGCGGACCGACAAUCCCACUCUCCUUGAACCGGUCGGGUUCCAGUCCACACCAGAACUUGGUGUUCCCCUGCUGUAGUUCCAUGCACUUUAGAACCACAACCUGCUCAGAUGCCUGAGACACAGGGAGUGAUGUCAUCCACACUGGUCUUUCACUCUGUGGUUGGUUCUUUCUCCUCACGUCAGAGUGGUGACAUCACAGCUGCUGAGACCAAACUCUGGGAUUCAUCCCGAACACCUUCAGUGGACGAGACUCCUUCAUCCCUCCUUCUCUGGUCCUCCAGAGCCAGUCCGGAGCACCCCCUUCUGGCGAGUGGGUGUGAGUAUGAGCGAGAGAGAUGCAAUAUUCAGACUUAGAAGCCAUGUUCCUCCUGAAACUGAUCAAAUCUAUAUGCAAUGGUUGUGUGUGUGUGUAUGUGUGUUCAUGUUUCUGAAUAUUGACCAGUAGAUCUGGGACAGGCUGCCUACUGGGGACACCAUUUCAGAGUCCUGGUUAAGGUUAGCCAUGUGUUUUGGAGGGUUAGGUUUAGAGAAGAGGCCAUCAGAGGUCGCCACAAGGAUAGACAAACGUGUACAGUAUGUGUGUGUGCGCGUGUUCCUAACAAGCGAGCUUAUACCAGAUGAUUAUUCAGUUUAUGUGUUGUUCAACAGUGUUUCAGUGUUUGUCAUCUGUAGAAAAUAAAAAGUUGUGUGUAAACUUCCUCCUGGGCUUCAAAAUAAAAGACUGGAGUCCGCGCA